CGUGACAUUUUGCAAAGUGCAAAGCGCAACGUAGGUGAAUGUGAAAAUAUUUUUAUCGUUCUUUGUAAUUUUGUUGAUUUUCUUCAAUUAUAUUAUUAUAUAAAAUAUAUUGAACAUUUUAAAUAUGGAUAUGUGAAGAGUAGAAACAAGGAACUUUGGGGCUGGAAAUCGACGGGCAUUGCCAUCGUGAGCUUGUAAAGGUCACACACAAAGAUGGCUGAUCCAGAUCCAGAGACCCUACUGGAAUGGCUGAACAGCGGCCUGGGUGAUGAGAGGGACAUGCAGCUCAUCGCAUUGGAGCAGCUCUGCAUGCUGCUCCUUAUGUCAGACAACGUAGACCGUUGUUUUGAAAGUUGUCCACCCCGCACUUUCCUACCUGCCCUCUGUCGCAUAUUUCUAGAUGAACAGGCACCCGAAAAUGUUCUGGAAGUCACUGCACGCGCCAUCACCUAUUACUUGGACGUGUCCGCAGAGUGCACCAGGAGAAUCGUCGCAAUAGAUGGCGCCGUUAAAGCUAUAUGUAACCGUCUCGUAGUAGCUGAACUAUCGUCUAGGACUAGUAAAGAUUUAGCUGAGCAGUGUGUUAAGGUAUUAGAAUUAAUAUGCACUAGAGAAGCGGGCGCCGUUUUCGAUGCUGGCGGUCUAAGCUGCAUCCUGCCCUUUAUCCGGGACAACGGUCAACGUGUACACAAAGACACUCUCCAUUCAGCCAUGGCGGUCGUGUCCAGGCUAUGCACCAAGCUGGAGCCGGCCGACGCCGAGCUACCUACUUGCGUUUCUGCACUUAGCACUCUGUUGCGGCACGAAGACUCCCACGUCGCGGAUGGAGCUCUGAGGUGUUUCGCCUCCGUGGCAGAUAGGUUCACCAGGAGGGGAGUCGACCCCGCACCUUUAGCACAACAUGGAUUAGUUAAUGAAUUGCUGAGUAGAUUAUCAAACGCUGCCGGACCGUCAACGGCAAGCGGCACCCAGAACACACCGGGAAAAGCUUCCUCUACCAAUAACGCCGCUGCGGCAGCUCCAGAUUCCAAAGCCAACGCCGCUUCCGUUUCGACAAUUAUCAGCCUUUUGUCGACGCUUUGUAGAGGUUCACCUACAAUUACACACGAUUUAUUAAGAUCGGAACUGUUGGAUGCUAUAGAGAAGUCAUUGAAGGGAGACGAGCGUUGCGCUCUAGACUCAAUGCGAUUAGUGGAUUUGCUAUUGGUGCUAUUAUUCGAAGGGCGUAGGGCUUUAGGUAAAUCGGGGGGAUCUUCCGGACAGCUCAUGUCUAGGAUAAGACGUAUGGAUUCGGCGGCUGAGAAAUCGCACAGGCAACUCAUAGACUGCAUCAGAUCGAAGGACACCGACGCUUUGAUAGAGGCUAUCGAAAACGGAGGAGUAGAGGUGAAUUUCAUGGACGACGUAGGCCAAACCCUUCUCAACUGGGCAUCGGCCUUUGGCACCCAAGAAAUGGUCGAGUAUCUGUGCGAAAAAGGCGCAGACGUCAACAAGGGCCAGCGCAGCUCUUCCUUGCAUUACGCCGCUUGCUUUGGUCGUCCUGCGAUAGCCAAAGUUCUGCUCCGUCACGGUGCUAAUCCCGAUUUAAGAGAUGAGGACGGCAAAACACCUUUAGAUAAGGCGAGGGAAAGGGCGGACGAAGGGCACAGAGAAGUCGCCGCGAUAUUACAAUCGCCCGGCGAAUGGAUGAUACCCGUAGAUAAAGACAGAGCUAGAAAAUCGGAAUCUGACAGUGAGGACUCCAUCGAACCACGUGGAGACCCUGAGAUGGCCCCCGUCUAUCUGCAGCGACUCCUGCCCGUAUUCUGCACCACGUUUCAGUCGACGAUGUUGCCCAGCGUCAGAAAAGCGAGCUUGGGGCUCAUCAGGAAGAUGAUACAUUACAUCCAGCCGAAUCUGCUGGAGGAACUGUGCUCGUUGGAGUCCAGCCCCAAUUUCGGCACCCAAGUCGUGGAGGUCAUCGCCACGGUGUUGGAUAACGAGAUGAGUUAUUGCUGGCCCGUCACUUCUCGUAGCGUCGCCGUCUCACCCUUAAGUUUAUUUGUUCGCUCGAUACGUGCUUACGUGCAUGAUAGACGUGUUAUUCCAUAUCACUCUCUGGAGGACGAGGAUGGCCAUUCUAUCGUCUUGUCUAUCAUACAAGAUCUUAUGACAAAAUCGCAGGACAUAUUCUUAGAUCAUUUUGCGAGAUUGGGAAUUUUCACUAAAGUUCAAGGCUUAGCCGGUCCGCCGGAAGCACAAGACAACGAUGAGAACGAGCCAGUCGUAGAAGAAACGAGUGAAACAAGUCAAAUCGAGGAUGCGAAGGAGAUCUUGCCCGGCAAGGCCUACCAUUGGAGGGACUGGUCGGUGUGCCGCGGCAGGGACUGCCUCUACAUCUGGUCGGAUGCCGCCGCCCUAGAAUUAUCAAACGGAUCAAACGGCUGGUUCAGAUUCAUACUGGAUGGCAAACUUGCAACGAUGUACUCCAGCGGGUCUCCGGAAGGCGGAGCUGACACUUCGGGCAAGAGCCGGGCCGCGGACAGCCUCACCACCGAAGAAAACCGUGGAGAAUUCUUGGAAAAACUGCAAAGGGCUCGAGCCGCCGUCCGGUGUACUAACAAUUCCAUACCAAUACUUUCAAAACCGGGCUUGACCCGAUUGGUAGUCGGCAACUGGUCCCUGACAUCCAGAAAGGAGGCUGAGAUUCACAUACACAAUUGUGAUGGCCAACAACAGACAACAAUCUUACGGGAGGACUUGCCUGGCUUUAUCUUUGAGUCGAAUAGGGGCACAAAGCAUUCAUUUAUCGCUGAAACUAGUUUAGGUCCAGAAUUCUCCGCUGGUUGGACGACCAAAAAAGGCAAACGCCUACGCUCCAAGCUGGAAGCUACGAAGAUGAAAGUGAAGUAUCUCGCACACCAAAUCUACGAGCAGUACUUCAGAGCUGCUCAGGCACAACCGAGAGGCAUCGUGGCCAAGCUCGGAAACAUCGUUGCACAAAUAGAACGUGCCUGCCAGAAGCAAUGCUCCUACGGCAAUAACCGCGAAGGCAACAAUUCCUGGAGGGAAAUCCUACACAACGCGUUGGACGAUUUAACUCAGAUACUUAAGGAAGAUGGUGUGGUCUCUGCUUAUGAGCUGCACAGUUCGGGAUUAGUGCAAGCUUUGCUCUCUCUGCUGUCGACCAGCUAUUGGGAUCAAGGCCUAAAGUCGAGCAAGAUGAACAAGUACCAAAAGCAAAGGGUGCAGGUUUUCAAGCAGUGUUUCAAGAAUAGGUUAAACGACGAUAAUAAUUCUAUAUCCAUUCUAGUCCAUAAACUUAUAGCGGUGCUCGAAAGCAUCGAAAAAUUACCUGUUUACCUUUACGAUAACCCGGGAUCCGGAUAUGGUCUGCAGAUUUUGACAAGACGCUUGCGGUUCAGACUGGAGAAAGCUUCAGGAGAAAGCACUUUGAUUGACCGCACCGGUAGAAGUCUGAAAAUGGAGCCGCUCGCGACUGUCGCGCAGUUGGAAAGAUAUCUCUUGAAAAUGGUAGCUAAGCAAUGGUAUGAUUAUGAUCGCAGCUCGUUUCAGUUUUUAAAGAAGCUGCGAGACCCCAAAUAUCAGACGUUCAAGCAUUCUCAUGACUUCGACGAAAAUGGAUUGAUCUACUUCAUCGGCACCAACGGAAAGACUAGCUCCGAGUGGGUUAAUCCAGGCCAGUAUGGCCUGGUUACCGUUUCGAGUUCAGACAGCAGAAAUCUGCCUUACGGUCGAGUGGAAGACAUUCUGUCUCGGGACCCGUCAGCGCUCAACUGUCACACAAAUGACGAUAACCGUGCUUGGUUCAGCAUCGACCUAGGAGUGUAUAUCAUUCCCAGUGCUUACACCCUACGACAUGCACGUGGCUACGGCAGAUCCGCCCUUAGGAAUUGGCAGUUCCAAAUGUCGAGGGAUGGCCAGACCUGGACGACACUCUACACUCACAUUCAUGAUAUGUCUUUGAACGAUCCCGGCAGCACGGCCACCUGGCCUAUCGAGGUUUCCCCAGAUGAAUAUCAAGGGUGGAGGCAUGUCAGGAUACAGCAGGCGGGAAAGAACGCUUCGGGUCAGACACACUACUUGAGUUUGUCUGGUUUCGAGAUUUACGGACAGGUAACUGGCGUAAGUGAAGACAUGGGCAAAGCACACAAAGAGCAGGAGGCGCAUCUUAGGAAACAGAGGAGGCUUGUGAAGUCGCAGCUGUUGAAGCACAUGGUGGUCGGUGCGAGGGUCGUAAGGGGAGUCGACUGGAAGUGGAGGGACCAGGAUGGGAAUCCACCAGGGGAAGGUACAGUAACUGGAGACUUACACAGCGGCUGGAUAGACGUAACCUGGGACCACGGUGGUUCCAACUCGUACCGAAUGGGUGCCGAAGGCAAGUACGAUAUCAAACUGGCCCCAGGUUACGACGUGGAAGCUGCCACCACAUCGAAAUGUUGCUCUAGCAACAAGCAGAAAAGCGAAAAAGACAAACAGAGUGUACUUACGAGCAGAAAAAGCAGCUCGACGCCCAGUCUGCCCGAAGCUACCGAUGCCAAGACCUCCGUGGCGUCCACGGAACAAGCAGCCUCUGCGGACAAUCUCGCAGCCAAGCAAGCUGCCGAAACAAUCGCCGAGAGUGUAUUAUCGGUGGCUCGUAACGAAGCUCUUAUCGCUGUCACAAGCGAAUCGCAAGCUGCCAGCAACGACAGUGAAUUAUCUGUGGUGGUACAUCCGUUGCGAGAUCCGCACCACGAUUUGUCUACCAUUAACAAUUCAACAGAUCUUGCGACGAUCGUGGAGAGUUUAGCGUUGUGCGACUCGAAGCCACUACCAACCAACUCUUCGGACUCACAGAAGGCCAUGGUUUCCAGCAACUCCAACUCCAACAUCAGCAAGUCGAAUCGCAAUUCAAAAAUAAGCAAUUCCCAGGCGGCCGCGGCCGCUGCUCAGAGUUUCGUGGAGGCCGUCGAGGCCCUGGAUAAGAUCCGUGAGGGCUCCGACAUGCUAAGGAACAACACCAACAAUUUCCUGUCGGCCGAGCUGUUGCAGUCGGCUCUCAACAUUGGCCAGAGCAGCCAGAUAAACACUUUGUCUAGUUUGAAUUCGGUGGGUGUGCGGAUAUCGGUGUCGAGUAAUUCAGAGACUGACGACGAGAAGCCGGUGAGGCGGAAAACGGAAUCGGCUAAGGGCGGCAGUUGUAGUAGUGAUAAAGAUGAGGCUGUGACAAACUCAAAUAAUGCUAAGAACAGUAGUAAUAAUACAAUUGUCGUGACGAACCCGAUGAGUGUCAGUGUUCCUAACCUCACCUCCACGGAGGCCAAUAGUCAGAUAGAACCCACCACCACAGCAGUUCUGAACUUCUCAGGUCUGUUAGAGACGUUUGCUGCGUUAGCGCGCCGCCGCACCCUCGCUUCUGUGUCAGCAGCAAAUGCUUCCAACACCAACACAAACAACUCGCAGAACACGGGCUCCAAUGCCCAGAACAACCAGAAUUCUGGUUCCAUAUUCCCCAGAGCACCCAACUCCGUGUCUAGUCUAGUACGCCUGGCGCUGUCUAGCAACUUCCCCAGCGGAUUGCUGAGCACCGCACAGAGCUACCCCAGUUUAUCAUCGAGCAACAACGCGGCAAACCAGUCGGGUGGUAUUUCCACCACUGCCGGGGCAGUUCAGGGCUUAAGCCAAGCUCUGACUAUGAGUUUGACGUCAACCAGCAGCGAUAGCGAACAGGUGUCUCUGGAGGACUUCUUGGAGUCCUGUAGGGCGCCUACUUUGCUUGCCGAAUUGGAUGACGAUGAGGAAAUGGGUGACGAUGACGACAAUGAUGACGAUGAGAAUGAGGAUGAUGCUGACUACGAGGAGGUAAUGGUGUCUAGGAAUCUGUUGUCGUUCAUGGAGGAAGAAAGUUUCGAGACGAGACCAAGCAAGCGGAGAUCUUGGGAUGAUGAAUAUGUUUUGAAGAGGCAGUUCUCUGCUUUGAUCCCUGCUUUCGAUCCCAGGCCCGGUAGGACCAAUGUUAAUCAAACUACAGAUCUCGAAGUCCCUCCCCCAGGACAGGAAGAGAGCUGUUCUACAUCGGAACAUGAGCUCUUACCACAACCUAAGCUGCAGUUGAUGUUAAAAGGUCCCAAUAUGCCUGGAAUCUUAGACGUAGAGGUUGAACUGAGCGAUCCUUCAUGGACCAUCUUCAGGGCUGUUCAAGAACUGAUGCAACUGGCAGAAUUCAGCUCGAAGCAGGAGAAGCUCAGAAGAAUCUGGGAGCCCACAUAUGUGAUUGUUUAUAAAGAAGUGAAAGAUGACGGUACAUACGACACAGAAGAAGGUAGGGCAACGCCCGUCGCCACCCAGUACUCCAGAAGCGGCAGCAGCUCCGUAGCGGGAAUGACCCUCUCUCCCAGCACUCCUGUACCUGGCACUCCAUCUGUUUCGAGCUGCACCGUAGAAGACGUUCUGCAGCUGCUGCGUCACCUUUUCGUCAUCAUCACGACAAAGGAAAUGGACCUGAACACCCUGGAUCACCCAGACAUAUCUCCGGAGGAAUUCUCCAGCAAAAAAAUCACAAACAAACUGCUACAGCAAAUACAAGAUCCGCUGGUGUUGUCCAGUUCCAGCCUGCCCACGUGGUGCGAGGAAUUGAACCAUUCGUGUCCCUUCCUGUUUCCUUUCGAGACGAGGCAGCUAUAUUUCAACUGUACUGCAUUCGGUGCCUCUAGAAGCAUCGUCUGGUUGCAGACCCAAAGAGAUGUCACAAUGGAGAGACAGAGGACGCCCGGUUUGUCCCCGAGAAGGGACGAUCCUCACGAAUUUAGAGUCGGACGGUUGAAACACGAGAGAGUUAAAGUACCAAGAGGAGAACAGUUGCUCGACUGGGCCAUGCAAGUAAUGAAAGUGCACGCGGACAGGAAGUCCAUCCUCGAGGUGGAAUUUGCAGGGGAAGAAGGCACCGGUCUUGGACCCACCCUGGAGUUUUACGCGUUGGUAGCUGCUGAGGUGCAGCGUCGUGACUUGGGCAUGUGGAUAUGCGAGGACGAAGCCAUCAACUCUAACAAGCCUGUGGAUUUGGGCGAGGGACUGAAACCACCCGGUUACUACGUGCGGAGGGUGUCGGGCCUGUUCCCAGCGCCUCUCCCACAGCACUCUGAUAUUUGUGAUAAGGCCGUAAGGCACUUCUACUUCCUGGGGGUAUUCCUCGCAAAGAUUCUCCAGGACAACAGACUGGUCGACUUGCCCCUGAGCAAGAGCUUCUUGAAGUUGAUGUGUCACGGGGAGAUCCAAAACACUGUGAACGAGAGGAUCGGUUUCACAGGAGGGAAAAAAGCCGCUGAAGAGGACGUGAUGACCUCCAGUUUCAUAUCCGAGGAGAGCGAGAAAGAGCUGGAAUUGGACCCUCCGAAAAUCAUAAUGGAAGAGAAACGACCCUGGUACAGCAAUAUCCUGGGGGAGGAGGACCUGUUCGACAUCGACCCCAUAAGGGCCGGCUUCCUCAAACAAAUUAAGGAAAUUGUGAAACAGAAGCAGAGAAUCAUGCAGGACCACUCGGCCUCCCCCGAAACCAAGUCCCACCAGAUCCAGAACCUCAGCCUGAACCACUCCUCGGGCCCCGUUCUGCUGGAGGACCUGGCCCUCACGUUCUCCUACUUACCCAGCUCGAGCAUUUACGGAUUCACGUCUGUCGACCUGGUAAGCAACGGUGCCGACAUUGAAGUCAAUAUAGAGAACGUGGAGGAGUACGCAGAGCUGACCACGCAGUUCUGCUUGGACAGGGGUAUAGCAAGGCAGUUGGAGGCAUUCUACAAGGGUUUCUCGAUGGUGUUUCCGAUGGAGAAGUUGGCGGCGUUCAGCCCCGAUGAGAUGUGUGUGAUGCUAUGCGGCGAUCAGAAUCCCGAGUGGACCAAAGAGGAUCUCAUUAAUUAUACGGAACCCAAGCUGGGGUACACGAAGGACAGUCCGGGCUUCUUGAGAUUUGUCAACGUUCUCGUUGACAUGUCGCCCGAAGAAAGGAAAGCGUUUCUACAGUUCACGACGGGGUGCAGCUCUCUUCCGCCGGGCGGUCUGGCAAACCUGUACCCGCGCCUAACCAUAGUCCGCAAGGUGGAUGCUGGUGAAGGUUCUUACCCCUCCGUUAAUACGUGCGUUCACUACCUGAAACUCCCCGACUAUCCCACAGAAGAAAUCCUAAGGCAGAGACUAUUAGCGGCCACUAAAGAGAAAGGUUUCCACUUGAAUUGAACUAUUUUAACUGAAGUAAUUGUACCGUAACCACGUUGAUUUGUCUGUGCAUAGAUAUGACACAAUUUUGUGCUUAACGUGUACGGAUGGUGCACGUUAGUUUAGCAUACAUUUUUUACGUUUUUAAGAGUAUCAUGUUUAUUUGAACGGUGCAGCAGUUGCGUUUGUGCUUGUAUUUAUUCACGACUUGUCAGCGUGUGAAUCCACGUUUAAUUCUUUGAUUAGGAUGCUGUAAUUAUGAUUGAAGAUGAAACUGUUUUGAGGGCGUACUGAGGAUUUUUGUAUUAUUUGUAUUCUAAUUACCGUAUUUUGAAUUCUUAGGCAAAUUUUCAAGUAUAAAUAUAUAUAUUUACCUUAAAAAGAAUAUAAAGUGUUUAAAAUAGCUAAUAAUAUUUAUAUGAAUUUAGCGUCUCUUGUUAUAAACAUCGAGUUUGCCGAGAGAUCUUAGUGAUAAAUAGAGAGUUUAAUUAUGACCAAAUUUCUAAGGAUUAUGAUUAUGUAAUUUUAUUUCCUCAAUUAUUUACAGUUAUAUAUGAAUAUAUAUAUGAACACACGAGUAGUGCACAUUUCUUUGGGUCUUUUUGGUUUUAGUUUUAAUUUUUUGCUUAAAACUACUUUUCUGCUACACUACAUAACAAUAUUAUAUUGUAGAGAAAUGUCUGUAUGUAUUUGAUGUUAAAUACGUUAUAACAAUAAAAACUUCUCUUAAAA